UCUAUCUCUCUGACACCUUUUCCAUUUCCUGUUCGCUUCGCUUUAGGGGAGCGAAUUUCAGAGCUUGGUCUUCUCUGCGAGCAGGAAUAUUUCAAGAGGAUGGAGCACAACGAGACAGGAUGCCAAGCGCCUCCAGAAGCUCCCAAACUUUGUGCCAAUAACUGUGGAUUCUUUGGAAGUGCAGCAACCAUGAACUUGUGUUCCAAAUGCCACAAGGACUUGGUACUGAAGCAAGAACAGGCCAAAGUCGCUGCAGUGUCCAUUGAAAGUGCUGUGAAUGCCACUCCCAAUAACUGGGGAAAGAAGCCUGCUGUGACUUUAGAUGUCCAAGCUGGUUCGCCAGAUUUGCCUCUUAUCUCAACAGAGGCAUCCAGUACUCCGCCUCCAAACAAUGAGGAGAAGGUGAAAGAGACUCCCACCCGGUGCAACACUUGCAGGAAACGUGUUGGUCUGACUGGGUUCAAUUGCCGAUGUGGACAUCUAUUCUGUGCAGUUCAUCGCUACUCUGAUAAACAUGCCUGUCAAUAUGACUAUCGAGCUGCUGCGCAGGAUGCUAUAGCAAAAGCCAACCCUGUUGUCAAGGCUGAAAAGCUGGAUAAAAUAUGAACAAGCGGCCUCUGAAGGAGCAUUCCUCUAUGAUGUAUUAUUGCACACCAUGCUCUGAUUUCCAUCCUUGUGACCUCUGCGUCUAUUAAGUUAUUGUUGUUAUUCUGAGUUAUAGAUGAUUGGAAGCUGUCUCGGGCAUGUUUCAUAAUGACAGGAACAAUGUGUGUUAUAAUCCCUGCUUUCAGCAAGAGCUGAGAGGCUCUCCGCUUGGCUGUUUUUAUGGAUAGUUUGCUUGCUUGUUAAGUUUGAUGGUUAUGUUUUGA